GCGACUUGCUCUUUGCAUGGAGUACUCGCGUCCACAUAAACAUGAAAUAACAGUGAGUGCAUAAUACUUAGUUGUAGUGAUAAUAGUCAAAUGGUCUCAACGUAAAGUCCGUAUUAUAUUCACCUUGAACUUAAGUUUUUUUAUACAUUUUGUGGGUUUUCCUCGUAUUAAGUGUGAACGCGAUGACUUCAAGAUAUUUUGUGUUUUUUGCUGCAUGCUUCGCCCUAGUUGCAUCAUCGGACCUGGCAAUCGACUCCCAAGUCCUACAAGAUGUGUUCGGCUACAGACCCGGUCAGGCUGCCCCAGUGGCUGCCGCCUCCAACAUCCAGGCCUCGGCUGUGAAGCCUGCUGAUGAAAAUGCUACCCUGGUGGAUCUGGACUACUGGGACUCGGAUAUCUUCAGCCCGGCGCCCGCGGAUUAUGAUAAAUUUGAUUGGACAUUGACGAAGCGCGUCGCUUCAUCAUCAGACCAGAACUUCCUGCUAUCUCCCCUCGGGCUCAAGUUGGCGCUGGCGAUCCUCACAGAGGCGGCCACAGGAGUCACGCAGAACGAGCUCUCGUCUGUCUUGGGCUUCGAUCUAGACAGAAACCUAGUCAGGAGGAAGUUCUCCACUAUUAUUGAGUCUUUGCAGAAAGAGUCUCCCCAAUAUAUCCUGAACCUCGGCAGUAGGAUCUACAUAGCCAACAGUGCUCAACCCCGCCAGAGGUUUGCAGCCAUAGCUCAAGAGUUUUACAAGACUGAGCUCAAGACCGUGAACUUCUUGGAACCGGCUGUGGCUGCUAAGGAUAUUAACACCUGGGUCUCUAAUAUCACUCAAGGACGCAUCCCUACUUUGGUCGAUGAAGAUGACGUAACCGGCAUGGUGGUUCUGGUCCUGAACACCUUAUACUUCAAGGGCAGCUGGCGUCACCAGUUUGCUCCAAACGCGACCAAGAAUGGCCAGUUCUACGUGACAGACAAAGUUCAGAAGACCAUUCCAUUUAUGAAUGUCAACGACAAAUUCUAUUACACCGAGUCUGCGAAGUAUGAUGCAAAGGUCUUGAGGAUGCCUUACCUGGGCAACAAAUACGCGAUGUACAUAAUAGUGCCGAACUCCCUGAUGGGUCUACCUCGCGUGCUGACAGACCUGAGUGACUUGCGCCAGGAGCUGAACAAUCUUCGGGAGUACCUCGUCGACGUCACGCUGCCGAAGUUCAAGUUCGACUAUACUUCGCAGCUUGAUGGUGUCUUAAGAGAGUUGGGUGUAAGAGCAGCAUUUGAAGACACAGCGUCGUUCCCCGGCAUCGCUCGUGGUCAGCUGCUCGACCAGAGACUGAAGGUUUCCAAGGUGCUGCAGAGAUCUGGCAUCGAGGUCAACGAACUCGGCAGUGUUGCUUAUUCUGCUACUGAAAUAUCCCUGGUGAACAAAUUCGGCGAAGACACAGAGGCUUACGCAGAGGUGGUAGCCAACAAGCCUUUUUUAUUCUUCAUACAAGAUGAAGCCACGAGACAGUUGCUGUUCACUGGCCGAGUGGCCGACCCUUCCCUCGCUGAUGGUGCCUUCAAACUAAACUAAACCCUGAGUCCAUAGAAAUAGGUUAUAAAUUAGAUUAGAUGAGCUGUAUGACAUGAUUUUUUACAAAAAUUGCCUUGUGUGGUUAUGACAUUUUGUAUCCUUUUAUUUGCUACUUAUUUACUAUGUGAGUGUAAGAAAGUUCAAUUUUAUAUUCUUAAAGCAGUUGUUUUUCUUGCAAUACAUCUUUCACGAAAUUAUGUAUAUGACAAGUUUGUAAAAUAGUGCCAUUUGUGUGUUGGACCUAAAUGAAAAUGUACACAAAUAAAAUGAGGAAUGUGAUAAA